AUGGACGAACUUAUCGAAACGAGAAUAACAAACUGCGUAGCAUGCCAAGCAACAACAUCAAACAGGAAAUACGAGCCCUCUUUAUGGAUUGCAAAUCGAAAUUCCCAAAUCGGGUUUCUAAAAAGCACCAAUUCUGCAGCCGUCAUUAAACUUUUUGAAAGAACAUUUAGCCUAUUUGGUUACCCGAACAAACUAGUUAGUGACAACGGACCACCAUUCAAAUCUUUCGAAAUCUGUAAAUACAUGAAAGAAAAAGGAAUUACGCAUCGCAGGAUCACACCAUACUGGCCUCAAGCCAAUGGUCAGGUCGAACGCUUUAUGGGACCACUAGCAAACAGUCUCAGAAAAGCCUCCAUUGAAAACCGAUACUGGCAAAUCGCAUGCUACAACUUCCUGCUAUCUUAUCGUACUACACCUCACAGUACAACCAAUGUCGCUCCGGCGGACAUGAUGUUCAACCGUAAAAUCAAAACGACUUUACCUGACUGGACAAAUCACGUUGACGUAAAUACUGAGGAUUUAGCUACUGACCACAUCCAUAAAUCGCAACGCAUGUUUAACGAAGAUACACCAACGAGGCGGAAAACACCUUCAAAAUCGGCGACCAGGUACUAG